CCGCCAUUAACUUUGAUUUCCCAUUUGUUGAACCAUUUUUCUAGGUCGUGGAGGUGAUUUUGAAGGGUAAAUGAAGCAAUAGUAGUAUUUUUGUGGUAUGAAAUAAUUGCAGUAUCGUCAUCGAAACUAUAGAGGGUGGUGCAAGGGUAAUCGGGGUUAUCAGAUGUGUAAGGAGAAAAUAGAAGAGGACUUAAAACACUACCUUGUGGUACGCCCGCAAGUUGAGGGAAAAAGGGAGAAAUAGACGAAUCUACAGAAAUACAGAAGAACCAGUCGAGGAAGAAUGAUUGAAGGAUAAGAAAUCGAAAGAAUUCAAUAUAGCCCUGUACCAACUAAUGGUUGAAGACAACACCAAUGAUAUAAUAAAUAAUGAAAAGCUGAAGCUGCACAUUAUGGUGAAAAAAGAGGUGGCUUUUACUCUCUGCGGCUAUUUCAAUUUGGACUACACUUUGCUACAUUCGAUAAUCACCUCAAUAACAAGCAUGUUGUUCAUCUUGAUACAGUUUGGUGAACCUAUCUCCAUCAUCGACACUUAGCCACUUCAGGCAGCCACAAGCUCUUUCCACCACCACUUAGUUCUAGAGUAAUCAAUUACAUAUUUUAAAUAUAGAUAAGAUCCUUCACAAAG